GGCCUUUUGAGGAUGAACUGUGUGGUCCCUGACAUUGACAAAAGCAUUACCUCCCCAUACUUCUAAGUUCCAAACACAUGCUGGUUUUGCUUUCUUCCGCUAAAAUUUGUGUGUGAGUUUGUCUCAUUGUUUCUUUUUCAUCUUACCACAUUUCACUCUGAUCUUUUCUCUUCAUUUGUUUGUGUUACAAUUUACGACAAAACACUCCACAACUCACUAAGUUGGGGAAAAAAAUCCAUAACCAAUUCAACAAAUAGGAGUUCAAAUUGUUUGUCACGAGCUUCACAUUUCACCUAAGUUAAAAAAGUGAUGUUCAAUGCAAAUUAAAUUCAUAUAAGCAGUUAGCAUUUUCUGAAGUUGUCUGUUUCUGUGAGUUGGAAGUCACUGUCUCCAAUUUAGCAAUAGAAUCAGACAGCCACCACUCUUAUGCCAUGGAAGAGUGAAGAAGAAGCAGAGGAGGGUCCUACAACAGUCCCUUGUCAAUGAUUUUUACUUGGGUGGUGGUGGUGGCUCUUUCUCAAUGACCCACACAAUCAAUAUCAAGCUUGCUUAUUGCUGCACAUUUUAAUCAAUGAACUAAAACCUGCUUCUUCUCUCAUGUACUUUUGCUCCUUUCACUCUAUUUUUUUGGUCUCUUGGUCUUUUUCAUCACUAGGAGCACUUGGAAUUGGAGGUUGCUCAAAAGGGGAAAGGUGGAUUUCAGUCAUAUGAGGAGACCUUCAAUUCUAGUGGGUGUGCUUUUUCUUGCAUUGUUCUGUUGUAGCCCAUGGACAGUGUGGAGCAGCACGCUUUGCAAAAGAAAAAACUUGGAGAGAGUUCGACCUCACAGUGUCAGCAUUACCGAAUUUGGCGCAGUUGGGGAUGGGAUCACUCUCAACACAAAAGCAUUUCAGAAUGCCAUCUUCUACCUGAAUUCAUUUGCAGAUAAAGGUGGAGCAAAGCUUUUUGUCCCUGCCGGCCGGUGGUUAACCGGUAGUUUUGAUCUCAUCAGCCACCUAACUCUGUGGUUGGAUAAGGAUGCAGUGAUUCUUGGAUCAACGAACUCUGAUGAUUGGCCAGUUGUUGAUCCUCUACCGUCUUACGGUCGAGGAAGGGAGUUGCCUGGUGGAAGGCAUAAGAGCCUCAUUUAUGGCCACAAUUUGACUGAUGUUGUCAUAACAGGUAAUAAUGGAACUAUCGAUGGUCAAGGGAGUAUCUGGUGGAGCAGGUUUCAGAACAAUACUCUGGAUUAUACACGUCCCCAUUUGGUGGAAUUGAUGAAUUCCAUAGGAGUUCUCAUUUCAAAUUUAACAUUCUUGAAUUCUCCAUUUUGGAAUAUUCAUCCUGUAUAUUGCAGCCAAGUAAGAGUUCAGAAUGUCACAAUCCUUGCUCCUCAUACUUCACCAAACACAGAUGGGAUUGAUCCAGAUUCUUCUGAUGAUGUAUGCAUUGAAGACUGUUAUAUAAGCACAGGUGAUGAUCUAAUUGCCAUCAAAAGUGGGUGGGACGAGUAUGGAAUUGCAUAUGGUCGUCCCAGCACAAACAUUGUCAUUCGCAGGCUCGUUGGAAAAACUCAAACAAGUGGAAUUGCUAUUGGAAGUGAGAUGUCGGGCGGCGUAUCAGAAGUUCACGCAGAAGAUAUUCACUUUUAUGAUUCAUAUAACGCAAUCAGAAUAAAGACUUCUCGUGGAAGGGGUGGUUAUGUUAGAAACAUCUACAUCUCUAACAUGACCUUGGUUAAUAUUGAAUACGCUAUUACGUUCAAUGGUUUAUAUGGGGAACAUCCAGAUGAUGCUUAUGACCCAAAUGCUCUACCAGUAAUAGAAAAGAUUACAAUCAAGGAUGUGAUAGGAGAAAAUAUCAAACAAGCAGGUAUUCUAGAGGGUAUAGAAGGUGAUAAUUUUGUCAACAUUUGCCUAUCAAACAUCUCCCUCAAUGUGAGAUCAAGCUUUCCAUGGAACUGCUCUUAUGUUAAAGGAUACUCUGACAUGGUUCACCCAGAAGCUUGUGAGCCUCUCAUGGAGAGACUAUUCCCUGAGCAUUGUUCAGACUGUUACUAUUUGUCAAAUCACCAACAGAGUUCAAAUAAUCAAAGAGGUGACAUGAGAAGUUGAGUGGAGUUGCUGGCCUGUGAUUGUCAACCAGCAGAAAGAUACAGAGAGAUGAUUGGCCUGUGCAGUGACAAAUAAAUGAGUCAUUUAUCAUAAAUAGGAAGUUGAAUGAUUUCAUGUCUUGCAUUUCUACCUGUGGCUUUGGAGAAGAGAAACAUGAAAGUUUUGUGUUUGAUUCCAAGGGAAAAGAAUAUGUUACUCUGACAUAAUUCUCUUUUUUGAAUAAGGAAUCCAAUAAACUAACUUCCUAGAAAGGUGGAAUCUAAUCAUUUACAUAUCUUUUCUUUUACACUUAAAAGGUUAAAGCACAUAACUAAAAGAGUCAUGCUUACUA